CUCUGAUUGGUCGCCUCACUCGCUCUACACAGGGGUCUUGCCAGGGAGCGAGGAGGGAGGGAUAUUUUAAUGGCCGUCGGAUGCACUUCAUAAAGCAAAAUGUCCGGAUUAUCUACUAUGUUUAGACUUUGUUAGCCACUGGUGCGUGCGGGCUGCUUUUCUUUGGUGACACACGCCGCCGUGGGGACGUAUCCGGUCCACAGGCGUGUUUUUUCGGGUUGUUUCCACAGCGUUUAACGGACUUUUACCCGCUUGAUUUGUGCGGCAGGCCUAGCCGGCUGGCUAACAAACAAGCGGACUGUUAGCCUGUCAGUGGAGUUUAAAGGGAAUAUGUAACAGAAACAAUCCGACAUGACAUCCAGAUUCGGUAAAACAUACAACCGCAAGGGAGGGGAGGCCAAUUCGAAAUUUGAAGAGGUCUUCUCCAAUAAAAGGUCCACACUGACCACAAAAUGGGGAGACACCACCUACAAGGCUCAGCUGGGUGCCAAAAGGCCUCUGUUAAAAUCCGACACCUCAGAGCUUACCAAGAGACCCCGGCUUGAAGAUAGCGACAGUGAGGACGACCCCUUUGGGUUUGACAGCGAUGAUGAGUCCAAGACCGUGACUUCUCACAGCCUGCCCCAGCUGAAAGUCAAUGAAGGGGAUGUGUCCAAGACUACUGCAGUGCAGGGUGGUGGGGCUGCCGCUGUUGUGACUUCUGCACAGGACUCUGCAAGCUCAGCAGCCACGUUCACAAGCAAGCAAACACUUGAAGUAAAGGCUUUGAAAAAUACCCAGCCCUGGUUAAAACGCACAUCAGAUGGCAACCAGAAACUUGCAUGUGUGGCCUCUUUUUCAAACGCAGUCCCUUCUGAUCAGAAUUUCUCAGCAUCCCAGAGGCCCUUCUCUUCCUCUCCCAAUGUAAACACAUACCUUAAACUGUCCAGUGAUGCACCAGCUGGUGGCAGAGACUGUCAAAUGUCUUCCUCUUAUGAUGAGCUGCCAUCAGAAGAGAUGAAAAGUGCUGAGCUGGAACCACUCACACAGCCUCCACCAGAACCUGUGGACAACAUUCCCCCAUCCCCCUUCACCCUUAGGGCCUCUAACCGCAAGAAAUACCAGCGGCCCAACAAGCUCAACAAAACACCCUCUGAACCUGCUGAAAACAACGAUAAGCCCAGUGAAACUGCUAGUGCUGUAGUCAAACCUAACAGCGUCCUUCCUGCUGGUGGAAGUAGUACGGCCACUGGUACUAAAACAGCAGCCAAGCCACCAGGCAGAGGCGGUGGAAGGGUUCGGGAUUAUACAGUUCUGCACCCUUCCUGUCUAUCCGUGUGCAACGUCACCAUCCAGGACUCAAUUGAGCGGAGUGGCGAUGAAUUGGUCACUCCAGCUGCCCCUGCUGACAUUGGAGAGGCGGGCCAGAUGAAGAAGAAGUCUGAAGCUCCAGCACCCAAAACUAACAGAUUCAGACCCACUCAGACAAAGACAAAGAAGACCAAGACUGAGUCCAAGCUAGAGUUCUUUGGCUUUGAGGACAAAGAGGACCAUGGGGGUGAGGACGGCUCAGAUGCCGCCAUGGCAGGCAAGAGUAACUACAAGAUCAAGUACUUUGGCUUUGAUGACCUGAGUGAAAGUGACAGUGAUGACGAGAGCUCUCAGGCCAAAGAGAAGAAAGCCAAGAAGGCGGCUGCAGCCUUGGCCGCUCUAUGCUCCAGUGUGGACAGCCCUCAUACCAGUGACUCUCAGGACAGCCAGGCCAGCAGCAACACAGAUGCUUUUGACUUCUCUGAUGAAUCCAGUCCUGGAGGACCUGAGGGACAGAAAGGACGCUCAGGGAAGCAGAGUGACAAAUCCAAGGAUGUUGGCAGUGGAUUCAAAAAAAUCUUCAGUGGACCCAAAAAGUCACCUGCGAAGGCUGUGUACAACGCUCGCCACUGGAACCAACCUGAACCUGAGGAGAUUCCUGUGCCUCCACUCUCUCGAGCUCAAACUGCUCCAGCCAUUUUAUCAAGCAGCAGCAAAGACAGCAACUCCCAUAAAGAUGACGGCCUAUUCAAAGCCCCUCCACCUCCGCCCAAAGUCAUUAAGUCAGAGACCCUCCCCACGCGACUCAACCAGGAUAUUGUCACGGCUCUCAAAUGCAGGAAGGAGCACAAGGAGCUGUACACGGUGGUGCAGCAUGUGAAGCACUUCAAUGACGUGGUGGAGUUCGGAGAAAAUCAAGAGUUCACAGAUGACUUUGAGUACCUGGAGACAGGACUGAAGAGCAGUCAGCCACUCAACACAAGAUGCCUUAGUAUAAUCAGCCUGGCCACAAGGUGUGCCAUGCCCGGUUUCAGAAUGCACCUGCGAGCCAGAGGGAAAGUGGCACAGGUUUUCAAAAUGCUCAGUGAUGCUCCACAACACCCGAAUCUUGCUCUGUGCACGGCUGCCCUGAUGUAUAUUCUGAGUCGGGAUCGUCUUAACAUGGACCUGGAUAGGGCGUGUCUGGAGCUAAUGAUUAAGCUGCUGGAGAUGGACCAGGACUACUCAGGCCACCAUGAUCAGCUCACAGAGAAGGAGGUUGCCAAGGUCAAGGAGAAGAUCAGGAAGUUGUGUGAGACUGUGCACAAUAAGCAUCUUGACCUGGAAAACAUAACGACGGGCCAUCUUGCCAUGGAGACGUUGCUCUCUCUGACCUCAAAGAGAGCUGGAGAUUGGUUCAAAGAAGAGCUGCGGCUACUGGGAGGUUUGGAUCAUAUUGUAGACAAAGUUAAAGAGUGUGUGCAGAACCUCAGCCAAGAGGACGACAAGGAAAACCUCGUAGCGUCUUUAUGGGGGGCUGAGAGGUGUCUGAGAGUGCUUGAAAGUGUGACAGUUCAGAACCCAGAAAACCAGGGUUACUUGAUUGCCUACAAAGACUCGCAGCUCAUUGUCUCCUCUGCCAGAGCUCUGCGGUACUGUGAGGAUAUGAUCCAGCGCUACAGCAGGGCAUUAAACAACAGCUCCCUUUCAUCGUCUGGUGCAACGCUGCCCCACUGCAGCUUCAGUAACGUAGGCAAGGCAGUGGAGGACUGCAUGAGGGCUGUCAUAGGAGUGCUGCUCAACCUCACCCAUGACAAUGAGUGGGGCAGUACUAAAACAGGUGAGCAGGAACAACUUAUUGUAACUGCUCUGAAUUGCAUCCUCCGAGUCCCACGUUACAUCCCCCAGGAGCAGCGCUUUGAUAUACGAGUUCUGGGUCUGGGUCUACUAAUAAACCUUGUGGAGUACAGCUCCAGAAACCGCCACAGCCUGGUGGACAUGGAGUACAGUAUGGACGACACCUGUGUGGAAGACAGUCUGAUGCAACCUGCUGACCAAACGCAAUCAGACACAGCAGCGGAGUCGACGAUGCCAAGCACAGCUGAGUCUCAGGGAGACGAGGCUGACGAGCCCAACCCCUCUGGUGCUCUAGCGGCUCUUGUGAAACACUUCCUGGAGAGAGAGCGCGCCGCCAUCCUGGCUGAAGCCAAGACUGACGACUUGAUCAGUGAGGCACCCAAGCCAGCACUGGACAAAAGUGGAGAGUGGCAGGAGACGUCGGGAGAGAUCCAGUGGGUGGCAUCCGAGACCACCGACAGCCAACCCGAGAAGAAAGAGGAGGAAGAUGAAGAGUUGGACCUAAAUAAAGCUCUGCAGCAUGCAGGCAAGCAUAUGGAGGACAGCAUCACUGCCUCCUACACGGCUCUGCUGCUGGGCUGUCUGUGCCAGGGCAGCCAGGUAAACGUGACUACUGUGAGAAAGCAUCUACCUAAAGGGGAUUUCUCCAUCAUGACAGAAAUGCUGAAGAAAUUCUUGAGUUUCAUGAACCUCACUUGUGCAAUGGGCUCCACAGGACAAAAGUCCAUCUCGCGGGUCAUUGACUACCUGGAGCACUGUUAACAGACAGCCGGUCAGCGGACUCACUCUCCAACUCUACAUUAAAGGGAUCCCAGGCUCUUCUGUUAGCCCCCUCGUCUGAGAGGAGCAACAACAGGUCAUUGGAUUCUCAGCAGCAUUCCCCCGACUUCAGCUCUGCCAGUGCUGUGAUCACACUGAAUUCUCACAGCUUACGGCGCACUCUGACAUGCAUUUUCAUCACACACACACACACACACACACACACACACAC